AUGGCUCCGCGAGCACCAGUCCGUCGCACGCGCGAUGAUGUUGAUUACUCUGCGGUGGGCAAGUUGGGAAGGCGAACCGGUGUCACGUUGGAGCAAAGACCCAUCGACGAGAACGGAAUGGAGGAAAUAACGGGCAUUUUCUCAUCCCCACGCAAGCCCUCUCCGCUGAAGAACAUGGUGGUCAUGGAAAGUGUGGAUGAAGCAGGAUCCAGCCUGACUCCCAGACAAACGCUGUCGGUGUCGCGAAGAUCAACUCGAAAUACACCGCUACGACCGCCUGCGUCGUCUUCGCCACGGAAAUCGGGGAUCAGUGGUACUGCUCGAAGAAGCAAUGGAGUGGACAUUUUCUCCUCGAGGAAUAGCCAACGGUUUGACCACGGGGAAGACCUGGAGAACACACCCAAUAUUGCCAAUAUUCGACAGCUGCAACGACUAAGCGUCACCCCCAGCCCAGAAAAGUCGCCAUUACGAGAUAUUACGAUGCACAGCGCACACUCAAAUGGAAGGUCUAGGCUUAGCAUGGUCCAGAUAGAGAGGGAAUCGAGCGAGGCUCAUGAGAGUGUGCCGUCGAUCGAGGAUGAACCGUCAGUCAUAUAUCCACAACAUGACGAAGAGACAACACCAGCAGUCGAGCACUACGAGCCGGCUCCUGCUAACGAGCAGGAAGUGGCAUCUUGGGAGGAUGAGAGGGAAGCGAUAGAAGAUCCUGGGAGCCCGGUACAAGAUCUAGGUGUUGAAGUGGCCGACAGAACGGCGGAAUCUGAGGUCUUGGCCCCGCCACUGGUGCAUAACCAAGCCAAUUCACGAAGAAAGCGAAAGUCGGACGCAACUGAACACGACGAGGAAGCUGCGGUCUCGCCUGUAGCUCGAAAGGUUCGAAAGACGAAGGACAAGCAGCCAACUUCAGUCACAGAAGUCUCCCAAGAGCCGACAGCCAAGCCAAUACAAUCCUCAAAAUCCAAAGGUAAACAGCCUUUGAGAAAGAAGGACGCCAAUAUCCCAAUGUCGUCUCGACAAGAGCAGGAACUUGACGACAUUAUCGAAAAAGUGAAAGCAAGGCCUGGCCCACCAAGAUCAUUAUACAUAUUGCGUCGCGAAACACCGGCGGAUGACGGCAUCACCCACACAAGAAGCGGGCGUGUCAGUAUCAAGCCUUUGGCAUAUUGGCGCAAUGAGAGGUGUGUCUAUGGAGGUAGCCCUAAAAGUGGUCUCGCAGAUGGUGCUCGCUUUCCCUUGAACAGUAUCAAAGAAAUCGUGCGAACGGAGAUUGUCGAGAGUGAGAUCGCGACAAAGAAAUCGAAGAAGGGCAGGAGAGCAAAGGGUACAAGCAAAAUCAAAGCACGAACAGCCUCAGCCGAUGCUUCAGACUCUUCAGAUUCUGACGAGGCCAUGGAUCUCGACGAGGGGCCGAAAGAUGACCCCUAUGCGGAGCCGUGGGAGACAGAGUCCGGUACCCUACGCGGGAAUGUUUCGUUGUGGGACAAUCAAGAAGAGGCGCCGAUGGAGGAGGAGGAGGAGAUUGAGAUUGCCCACGCUCCCGCAGCUAUCAAGACACGAGAAGUAAAGGCCUCAAGUCUCAACGAAGGUCCAACUUUCCGUUACGCCAAACUACUGAGCACGAAUUUCUUUGGAUCAGGCCUAGUCGAUUUGCCACCUCGCGGGAUCAAGAGACCUAAAAAUAGCCGGAAGAUGCAUAUGAGCUUCUACGUCAUCAAGGGUCGUGUAACUGUCAGUGUCGGCCCCAUUGACGGUGAGGAAACCGGGAGUAUGAAUCGAUUUAGCAUCGGAAAGGGUGGCUUUUGGCAGGUCCCGAGAGGAAAUCAAUACUCGAUAGAAAACGAACUGGAAAAGCCAGCUCGCAUAUUCUUCAGCCAAGGAUGCGAGGUUGUUCCUGUCAACGAAGAUGGCGAAUAA